ACCAGGCAGUUCAAAUACCAGAAUCUUCUGACUUCACACAGUAAAGCUUCAAAUGUGGUUUCUGUCUUCAAAUCCCAUGUAUCACUGAUCUACAGAGACAUUGAUACACAAGUAUGUCUUUCCUUGGCUUUUUUACUGAUGAAGAACUCAGGCAGAAGCUUUGCAACUAUAAAGCAGACAUUUCCUCUGCGAUUGAUAAUUUAUUCCCAUUCGUCCAUGGUCUUCGGGACAAGCUGGUAAUCACCAAUGAAAAAUUCCAAGAAAUUGUGAAAGUUCGAAAACACAUCAAUAAGGCUGUGUACUCAUUGCUGGAGUGCCUGGAAUUGAGUGAUCCCCCGACCAUUCGCAAGUUUUGGUGUAACUUGUUUCAGGAAUAUAACAUGCAGAAGUAUCCAAAGCUGUAUCCCUUGCAGUGCAGCUUGGUUGAAGAACUGAAUGAAGAAAGAGGAAAGCGUGGUUUUGAAACCAAUCCUGUUGGAAAGGGCAAGCUGAGUAUCAUGGGGAAGAGAAAGCAUCCUGAUGAAGAAUGUGCAUCUCACUCAGCCAAUGGGAAAACUGAAAAGUGCAGCAAACUUCAGAGCCCAGAAUGCAGCAAAGACCCAAACCGAAAAGAGAAAAGCAUCAAACCAAAUGUUAGAGUCAAAAAGUCUUGUUCUCCCCCAAAGCAAGGGUACUUUGACUCCAAUGAACUGCUUGUCAACUGUGGUGACAUUACUGGAAUAUUGGACAAGAAAAGACUAGCAUGUGGAAGUACCACCCCAUGUAUAAAGUACGACAAUGAAUGGUGUACACCACAACAAUUUGAAGUGAAUGGCGGCAGAGGCAGAAGCAAGAAUUGGAAACUCAGUAUUCGUUGCAAAGGCUAUUCGCUGUCCAAGCUGUUGGAGAACAAUUAUUUGGUAUGUCCAAAUGGCAAGAGGAAGUUUAAAACAGUCCGCCCUACGAAGCACAACAUUGAAUCUAACAGUGACACCAGCACUGAUUCUACAUCCUCUGAAAGUGAAUCCAGAUCCGAAGUAGGGAGCUACAUUGGGUUGGUGAGGAAAUCUACCAUCCACCAUGAAGUUGAGUUAUCAGAGCCUAAGAACACCGAACAGGAUGAUUUCUCCUCAAACAAGCUCCCAGUUACAUGUGGUUCCUUGAAAGCAUUCCUGUACAAAAACAGGUUUACAACAGGAGUAAGUGGAAAAUGCAUUCGAACGAACAAUAAAUGGCUGACUCCAUCAGAGUUUGAAAGUAUGAGUGACAUCAGCCAACAUCUUCGAUAUUGGAAGAGAAACAUCCACUGUAAAUCAAAGACUCUGGGCCAACUGAUUCAGAAAGGCUACCUGAAACUUCACAAGCUUGACUGCAUUUGUGAUAAGUGCACAUCUCCCGAUUUUGAAUCUCAGGAGAAUGACGAUGAAUGUUCAGCAUGUAACGAUGGAGGGGAUUUAAUCUGCUGUGAUGAAUGUCCCAGAGCUUUUCACUACCUCUGCCACGUCCCCUUGCUCAGUCCAAAUUUAAGUUACAGUGAGAGUUUCAUCUGCACCUUCUGCAAAAUGGACAGACUAUCAGCAAAUAAAAUCAGGGCAAGGGUCUCCAGCAGUGAAUUCGAUGUAUAUCGAUCAAAUAUGACUCCAGAAUACAGUCUGAAAUGUGAAUAUAUUUUACUCCGACUGUGUUGCGAACCAGACGCCCUAGAGUUUGAAAAAAACCCCUGUGACAUUGUUCCAAAUUACGGUGAUAUAAUUGAAAACCCCAUGUGGUUCUGGAAGGUGAAGAUGAAGUUGGCCACUAACAGAUACCGCACAGUGGGUGGUUUUAUUGAUGACAUCAGGCUAAUCUUCCAUAACUGUGCCAGAUUCAACCAGGGAAAUGAACUUGAAGUCAUUGGAAGAAAAUUUAGUGAUGAAUUUGAAGAGGUCAUGGUGGAGACAUUUGAUAUCGGCAACAAUGAUCUUAAUAUCCCAUAAGUGGAUAAAUGUAACUAAAUGAAGAACUACAAUGUGUUAAUGUAGCAGACUCUUACCAGAUUUUUAACUGUAUUUUUUGAACUCAACAUAUAAA